AUGCUGCGGACGCUGGUGCAGCGCUGGAGCGUGGCGGUGUUCCUGCUCAGCUACUCCUCCGUCCCGGCCUGCGGGCGCGCGGUAGAGGGGUUCGGCCGCCGGCUCAAGCGGGCCGUGUCGGAGCACCAGCUUCUUCAUGACAAGGGCAAGUCCAUCCAGGACCUUCGACGCCGCUUCUUCCUCCACCAUCUCAUCGCUGAGAUUCACACCGCCGAAAUCAGAGCUACUUCAGAGGUGUCCCCCAACUCCAAGCCCCCCCCAAACACCAAGAACCAUCCAGUCCAACUCGGAGCCAGUGAGGAGGGCAGGUAUCUGACUCAGGAAACGAACAAGGUGGAACCAUACAAGGAGCAGCCCCUCAAGACCUCGGGGAAAAAGAAGAAAGCCAAACCCGGCAAGCGCAAAGAGCAGGAGAAGAAGAAGAGAAGAACUCGAUCUGCCUUGAGGGACCUGGGAGACACCAGCAGCAAGGUAGAUGUGGCUCACCAUGCUGACCCCUCAGCCGCCUGGCUGGGGCUCCAUUCAAGGACUUAUUGAGAUUUUCAGCAGAAAACUUCCAAGGACGAAUUACAGGAUUUUGUAAUAGUAAACAUAUGGAAAGUAUUAGAAAUAUUUAUUAUCUGUAAAUACUGUAAAUGUGUUAGAAUAAAACUGUCAUCUCCAUUACUGCUCCAUGA